CCUUAAAAAUUUACAAAAGAAUUCGAAAAUGACUCAAACCAAAGGGCAUAUAACACGCCUACAAUAUCCACCAUCCGUUAGCGGCAAAAACUUUCAUUCUGAAAAUAGAAAAAUGUCAGUCGCGUCCGUCCAAUAUUAUAGUGUAUGAAAAUUUAGUUUUUUGCCUUUUUGCUUAGUCUUUCUUAGGAUAACGGUAAUCAGUAUAAUUAAGUGCGUCACGACGAAAUGCAAUUUUUUUACCUGUUGUCUUUUUUUUUUUUUUCUAUUACAAAUAUUACGUUUAAUUACAUCUGUUACAAGAACAUAAGCACUAAUCAAAUAGUAGAAAUGAAAGGAGCGCAGGGUGUAAGCAAAAUGCGCCUUAGCUUUGAUUGCUUUUUUAACAGUACGAAUUAAAUACGUAUUCAUUUCUUUCAAUGUAUUCAGCUUCAAUCCGGUAUUCAAUUCUUCAGUUCAAUUUUAACGGAAGCCGCCAGAGUUGCCCAGCUCAAAGGAAUGGUAACGACAAUGCGAUAAUUGGACAAUAUAAUAACUUUAUUACCCUAUUAAUCUGAAAUGAAUUCCAAGAGUGAAUUGAGUCAACUCUUAUCAUUGUAAAAGGUGACUUAACAAACGACGGUAACUUUUUUUUAUAUUUUCUGACAAACAAAACAAUUGUAUUUUCGUGAAAAUCGAUUUCAAAAUAUAUACAUAUAUAUAAAAAAAAAAAAAGGUAUUAAAAUGUCAUGUUUCGGCUGUAGUCGUAAAUAUGGUCUCUUCUGUCGGGAGUAUGGCUGCCCAAAUUGCGGUUAUUCGUACUGUAGAAAGUGCCUGAAAAGACCAGUGGCAGUGCCGCGUCAUAACAACAAAACGCUGAAUGUGUGCUUGAUAUGCUUUGAUAAAUUAUCCAAAAUUCAGACAUCGGAAAAAGUGAUUGAUGUCGAAGCGUUGCCUGGUACACUGGUAUCGAUAUCAGGCAAAGCUGAAGGCAACGAAAAUACGUUAAAUGCUGAUAUCAAUGCAUUAUUGAAAUUGGAGCCAUCCGCUGUUUUAAUUGGCGAUGUUCUUGAACCAGUUUCAGCAGGCAAAGCAAAAGCCGCCGCUGAUCAUUCAGAUAUUAAUGAAAAUUUGGAUAGUCAGAUAACGAAACGUCUAAAAAAUUUAAAAUCAACUGAACAAGUUAUUACAGAUGAUGAGUUACGUACUCGUUUAGCUAAUUUAAAUGGCUUACCUCAGAAGGAUUAUUCGAAAAAGGAUUUACUAUUAAACACUGAUCAGCGUACUGAUCAAGAAAAGAUGAAUGAUUUAUUGAAAGAAUUUAUGAGUGAAGUGGAACUGAACGAACGUUUGGAAACGGAACGCGGCGAAGCUGUUAGUGAUAUAGAAAAACGUUUAAGAGCGUUAAGAGAUACCCCAGUAGAUGAUCGCCCCUCUAAAAAUUCAGCAACUUCACCUGAAAGCAAUACGCCAAGCGAUAAUGAACAAGAUGAGGAAGCAAUGCUGAAAAUAAUUAUAGAAAAGUAUUUGGCCGAAUCGCACUUACCUGCCGCAUCUUCUGACUUAGAAGCCGAAUUAAAUGCUGAAAUACCCAAGCCUCCAAAGGAUAGCGUGGACACUGAAGAAUUGCCUUGGUGCAAUAUCUGCAACGAAGACGCUGUAUAUCGUUGCAAAGAUUGCGAUAAUGAAUUAUUUUGCGCUCAUUGCUUCCGCGACUGCCACGAAGACGACGAAGAAUACCGAAAUCAUGUCAAAGAAAAUUUCAGUGCUCCUCCUAAAUUUAAAGAAAACCACUUUUAGUUGCUGUUAUUUCAUUUCAUUUUUUUUUUCUUUUUUUUUUAUCGUUAGAUAUUUUUUUAUAUAGUUUUAAGGCAUACUUUUAACAAAAUCUUAAACUAUGUAAACGAACAAAGAGUUGGGCUUAUGCAAUAUAGUAGUAAAAAAAAUAUAUUUAAAAAUUGAAAAACCA